AUGGCGGAAGUUGCAACGUUCUCCUCUUCCGGAGCAGACGUCAUCACCAGGACGAUUGAGCUGGAGGAAAACAUUCCAAGCAUUCUGUCGGCGGAAGAACUCGAAGACACUUUCGACAUCGAACGAACGGUUCAAGAAAUAGAAAAGGGGCAGUUCAACAGGAUCGCGCUGCAGUUCCCUGAUGAGCUUCUGCCCCAUUCUGUUCCCAUCUUUAAAACGCUCAAGUCUAGGCUAGCGUCCGACCGAGAGCUAUAUGUGCUUGCGGACACCACUUACGGGAGCUGUUGUGUGGACGAAGUCGCUGCACAACAUGUAGACGCCGACGCACUCGUUCAUUACGGACAUGCAUGCAUGAGUCAAUCUUCACGGCUUCCCGUCAUUUACGUGCUAGGGAGGAAGCCUGUGGAUCCAUCACACUGCGCCGACAGCUUUUCGGAAACGUUGAAGUCUUUGCAGGCUUCAGAGAAGAAGACCAUCUUGCUCCGCUACGAUGUAGCGUAUGCCCACAAAGCCGAUGAAGUGAUCACUCAACUCAGACAACGAUUGCCCUUGUCACGGAUCUUACAUACACCGAUAUCGCUGAUUGCGCAUCCCGCCGCCGAACGACAGCAGGGUUCUUCACCACACCUCAACAAUACCUCCAAUACCCAAUCCACAAGCCCAUCUGAAGACACGCGUCAAGAAGGUUCCUCUCCGGAAGACAGCGUCAUUCUAUAUAUCGGCGGGGAGUGCUUAACUCUUACGAAUUUGCUACUUACGCAUGCGUCAUACGAAGUGUUUUCUUACAACCCAGCCACUCGAGAAACCCGGUUGGAGUCCGGCCGGACGAACAAGCUGCUCAUGCGGCGAUACGGAGCGGUCCAAAAAGCGCGAGAUGCGGACGUCAUCGGCAUCCUGGUUGGAACUCUGGGCGUCGCGAACUAUCUCCCUUUGAUCGCGCAUCUACGCAGCAUCAUAAAGAAAGCGCACAAGAAGUCAUACACGAUCACCGUGGGCAAGCCAAACCCCGCAAAGCUAGGGAACUUCAUGGAGGUCGAAUGCUUCGUCCUCGUGGCAUGUCCGGAGAACAGCCUGUUGGAUGCUAAGGAAUUCCUGCAACCGAUAGUAACUCCGUACGAGCUGGAAGUGGCUCUUCAGCCGACGCAGACUUGGACAGGACGCUAUGUCCUUGACUUUGGCCAGUUACUAAGGGAGCACAAGGAAGGUCUAGAAAACACGGAGAUCCGCGAAGAGGACGAGCCAGAAGAUCUAGACGAGCCGGUAUUCUCUUUGAUCACAGGGAAAUAUCGCCAUGCAAAACGCUACGGAGGGGCAGACGAGCCGGCUACCAGCGAAGACGCAGACUCCUCCGCUGUGAUUCUACGGAACCAGGAGGGCACCCUCUUAAAAAUGGGCGACAGCGCAGCAGCUCAAUUCCUCCAGACGCGGAGCUUCCGUGGACUUGAGACUCGGGUUGGUGAGGACGCUCCCAGCCUUCUUGAGCAAGGGCGAAGUGGGAUUGCGCGAGGGUAUGCGGACGACCGCCGAGAUGAGUCUCAGGAGACCUCGUGAAAGAGUUAGUCUGAGGGGGAUGAAGGUACGAAAGCCGCGUUGAAAUGGAGCAAUAAUUCUGUAUCAGUAGAAAUAGAAGUGC